GAAGGACUUAAAGCAGCUAAAAAGAGUGAGUGGCAGUAAUCAGUUGUGAAUCGGUGCGGAAAGAUGAAGCUUCUACUCAGCAGUCUGUUACUUGCCUCUCUCUGUGCCCUCUCAUCUUGGAGUGUCUCAUCGGGCACAACUGCAGUGAUCCAGUCCCCCGAUGUCUCUGUCGUGGAGGGAGGGACAGUAAACAUCUCCUGCUGCUGGACACUGACGUUUCAACAAAUGACAGUUAACUGGAUUAAAAAUCAAACGAGUAUAAAGAGUGAUAAUUUGAAGAAAGACUCUAUCGGAUCUAAAUGCUCGUACCUCAUCUUUACGGCUAUCAAAAGAAAAGAUUCGGGGAAAUACACCUGCAAGGUGAAUGUGGAGAUACCAUCUUUGCAGGUGUCUGAAGGAAAUGGUACAGUCCUCACAGUUGUGACUGGAAACAACACAACAGACAACAAAACAGAAACAGAUAACAGCAGCUCUCCACAGUGGCUGACCGCUUCCCUGGCUGUAGUGGCUCCAGUUCUACUUGUCGCGCUGGCCUGUUUGUGCAUUCUACGAAGGAGAGAAGCACAAGCAGUCAGGGUGAUCUACGAGUCUCCCCAGACUGACUCAGAGGUGGCAGAAACGGACAAACAUAGCACCAGUUCCUCUAGAGGCUCUACUCAGUGGUGUCAGGUAUCAGUGUAUGAAUCCUUCGAUUACUUUGAACGUGUGCAGACCAAAGAAAGCGGGUGAAGAUGCAUUCAGAGGACUUUUCUAAAGUUCCAAUAUUUUCUUUUGCUAUAUUUCAGCAUGUAUAUCUUGUACAUUCAUUUACUUACUGUUACGUGAAUUAUGUAAGUGAUUUUAUGUGAGUGUAAAUAUUUUCUAUUUUUCUAUAAACUAAGUCUUGCCAAUC